UAAUUAAUUUUAAAAAAAAUCAAAAAAUUAACCAUUGAAGUAAGUUUAUGCAACAUAUUUUUAUGAAAUAAAGCUAAAUGGAAACUCACAUGAACAAAUUUUGUUCCAUUGACACCCAUUAUUGUGAAUCAGUAUGAAAUUAGAACCUACUUCAUAAUUCCAAGGCACAAUGUGAAAACCAUACCAACUCUGUUUCAUUUUAAACGAAUUUAAUUGAUCAACAAUAAACCCUAAUGAGCUCAACAGAACUUUUCAUAUGUGAAUCAAUACGACUGAAAGACCUUCAAUAAACUAAAACGCAAUUCUAGUCUUAUUCCAGGGUCCAAAUGCCAUCUUCAAGUCUACAUCGCAGGUUUUAACAAGAGGCAAAAAAACAGAGAGAUUCAAUCUACCAAAAGAAUUGGAGUUUGUAAGCACGAUUCAUAGGGGAGUACUAUCUAAAAUUGCAUUUGAUAUCUUUUUCUCGAGUUCAACUUCAUCAAUCCAUAUGGAACUUUGACGACGCAGUAACUCAUUCUUCUCUUUCUUCUUCUCCAUGAUUUUCUUCUCUCUCAUCUUGUGGUAUUCAAGCUUCUCGGCUCUUUCUUUCAGCAGAGUUUGCCGGAACUCCUCCUCAGCAACCUGACGUUCGGCGGCUUUAGCCUUUUUCUCGGCGGUUUUAGCGGCUCUACGCUCUUCACUUUCAAUCCUCAGAGCUUCCUUCUUGAUCUCAUCUUUCCUCUGUUUCUCAAGCCUCUGAAGCUCCAUUUCAUGGAUGUACUCCUUGCGAACGGCUUUAACCUUUUUCGCAUAGUCACGACGGAGCUGAUCGAGCUUCGCUUGAGCCUCCUUUGGAUCCUUCGGUGGUUUCCAGCUGUUGAGAUAAUGAUUGGGGGAAAGAUAUUCUUGGUUGCGUUGGUGGUCAUUGUGAUGAGAAGGCGCAGUGGUGGAGGAGACAGAUCGGCGGUGGACAGUAAAUAUGGUCCUCAGUGUCGGAGAACGGAGGAGCAACCGUGGGCUCGCCAUUGACGUCGGCUAUGGUGAGGGUUUUGGAGAUCUUCGUAUGUAAAGUUCUUCUAGCAAUUUUACUUUCUAAUACAUAACUUUCAUAUAUUCCAUUUUGGCCCCAUAAGUUUCUAACCUUUUACUUUCGACACGAAUUUCACACUCCCUAUUUCUCCAACCUCCGCCACUGCAAUUCAUUUGAUGAUUCCCUCCCAGUUCUUCUAAAUUCUUCACUCAAAAAUCUCAUCAUCAUCAUCCAUAACAAGAUCCACCUUCCACCAUCAAAUCUCUCUGUUUCUUAACUGAAACCAAAGUUCGAUCUCGGUAUUCCACUGGUCUCUGUAAAUGAGGAGGCCCGGAGAAGGAACGACGCUCAAAAGAUUGCAUCAUAACCGACACCAGCUGAAGCAAGUUAAAGGACUGUUCGGAAAACUCGUAGUUGCAGCUAUCUUACUCAUUGCUCCGACUCUCUACUUCGUAUACUUCUUCAACACUAGUUCAUCAUCAUCAUCGGACUUUCCAUCUGAGAUUGAUGUUCAAAAACUCUGGGAUACUGCUGAUUCUGGUGGUUGGAUACCAUCAUCUGCUCCAAGAUCUGACUGGCCUCCUCCUCCAAAUGAGAGUAAUGGGUAUCUGCGUGUCCGUUGUAAUGGGGGUCUGAAUCAGCAGAGAACAGCUAUCUGUAAUGCAGUUCUUGCUGCCCGAAUUAUGAAUGCUACCCUUGUGCUGCCCGAGUUGGAUGCAAAUUCCUAUUGGCAUGAUGACAGUGGUUUCCAGGGUAUCUAUGAUGUUGAUCAUUUCAUCAAGUCAUUACAACACGAUAUACAAAUUGUAAAAAGCAUUCCAGAAAUCAAGAAGAAUGGAAAGACAAAGAAGAUAAAAGCUUUUCAGCUUCGGCCACCAAGAGAUGCUCCUAUACAUUGGUAUACAACAGUUGCUUUGGAGAAAAUGAAGGAGCAUGGUGCAAUUUAUCUCACUCCUUUCUCCCAUAGAUUAGCAGAAGAGAUUGAUAACCCUGAAUAUCAACGGUUAAGAUGUAGGGUCAAUUAUCAUGCCCUAAUUUUUAAGCCACAUAUCAUGGAAUUAAGUCACAAAAUAGUUGAUAAACUUCGGUCACAAGGUCAUUUCAUGUCAAUCCAUCUUCGAUUUGAAAUGGAUAUGCUCUCGUUUGCAGGGUGUUUUGAUAUAUUUUCCCCCGAAGAGCAAAAGAUAUUGAAAAAAUAUCGUGGUGAAAAUUUUGCUGAAAAGAAACUAAUUUAUAGUGAAAGGAGGGCUAUUGGAAAAUGUCCAUUAACUCCAGAAGAGGUGGGCUUGAUAUUACGUGCAAUGGGGUUCAACUCCUCGACCCGAAUAUACCUAGCCGCCGGUGAACUAUUCGGCGGUGAGCGGUUCAUGAACCCGUUUCGGUCCAUAUUCCCUCUCCUCGAAAACCACACCAGUGUGGACCCCACCACCGACCUUAAAUCCAAUGCUCAGGGCUUAAUCGGUUCAGCUGUCGAUUACAUGGUUUGUCUGUUAUCAGACAUUUUCAUGCCAACAUAUGAUGGCCCAAGCAACUUUGCCAAUAACCUUUUGGGCCAUCGCCUCUACUUGGGCUUCCGGACCGCGAUUAGGCCCGAUAGAAAAGGCCUUGCUCCGGUUUUUAUCGAUCGGGAAAAGGGUCGGGUUGAUGGGUUUGAAGAAGCGGUUAGACUGGUUAUGAUGAGGACUAGUUUUGGUGGGCCCCAUAAGCGCGUGUCACCCGAAUCUUUUUAUACGAAUUCUUGGCCCGAGUGUUUUUGUCAAAAGUUGGGUGUAAAUCCGGCUCAUAGAUGUCGGAAUGAUAUGAUGUAGGUAGGGUUUUGAGAAAUGAGAGUUAUUAGUAUUUUAGGUUUGAUUCUUUCUUGAUGUGGUUACAUUUGUAUUCAAGUCUAUAAAUAUACUUUGAUUUUGGAGUCUUGUAAAAGCAAUGUUGUUUGUGUAAUAACUACUGACCCGACCCGACCCGAUUAAGACGAAUAGAGUCGGGUCUAAAAUUGGAAUCGGGUUUAUAGGCCGAUCCGAAUAACAUGUAACAUAUAUAGGGUUGGGUUCAGGUAUAUAUCAUUGCAUUUUUAUCAUAAAAGUACGC